CCUGUCAAACGUUGUGCAAUAAGUGUAUAGGUAUAAUAUUACAAUAACGUAAAGUAAAUUAAUUUUUAUGAAUCUACUCACAUGAAGGUACUGAUGACAGUUCUAUAAAAAAAAAAAAAUAAAAAAAAAGAGCCGUGCGUGUGCGUUUCGUCACGAGACUCCCGUAGUUCCGUGAUAAUGUGCGCGUGUGCAAUUUAACAUGGCGCUCCGGAUGAUCCGGAUGGCGGUUCGCACUUGAUUUACGUCUUCAUAAAUAAAUUACACACAUUUUACGGAAUAAGUCAGAGACAUUUUCCUACCUCUGCAUUAAUUUUGCAUCGUUCGAAUUUUAUAAACACAUGAAGAGAUAACAAUAAGAGUAGAAGAUUUAUCAAUAGCGAAAUAUUGUAUAUGACAGUAGGUCGAGGUAGAUUGAUUAUCAGUGAAUUUGUGGUUGUUAUUUGCGGGAUAAGCAGCUCCCUUGCGAAGAAAGCGCAGCUUCUGCAAACGUACGGUACUUAAAACGGAGUCAACGCGUGAGUAAUGGACUGGGAGUCGCUGCCUAUGUCCAGCCUCCAGUUGACGGACACAGAGCAUAGGUACUACGGGGACGUUCUCAUCUAUUGUUGCGAGAACGCCGAUACCGACUUCGUGCCCGCUUCCAAGGUUGGACAGCUACUCAGAUCCGCUAACCUGCCCAGUCACGUUACGCUCGUGAUCUUAGACAUCUGUGAUCCGGCUAAAAGUAACACUUUCAACAGAAAACAGUUUUAUGCAGCUCUAAAAUUAGUGGCAGCCCAUCAAGUAGGCCUUGAAAUUCAUACAGAUCUUAUCACAGCAUCUUUAGAUGAACUGACAUUGCCUAAAUUCACAUGGUCUUCAUCAACGGGUGAAGAAGAACUGGACAGCAAAAGGCAUUUUCCCAAGAAAAGUUCGAAAAUUAGAUUAAGUGGCCACAUGCCUGAAAGUACAACUGAAAGUGAAAGUGAGGUAGAAUCCCCACGGGAGACCGAAGGUGGCAGUACAGAUUCUCCUACUCCAACAAAUAGCGUAACUCAAGAGAGAAAUGAAGGUCCACUCGGAGUUGAAGCAAAUCUUGACUCAAUUUCCGGAGGUUGGCAGAGUCUCCUGGUUUCUGAGGAGCAAAGGCAGUUGCUUGGUACCGAAGAGGAAAGUUCGGAGCGUCACAGCAGUGAUGAUGGCGAGGGCGAAGAUUGCGAGAGCUAUCGAGACGAGCAGGUGUGGACGAUAAACGACGAACAGCGGGAGUACUAUGCAGCCCAGUUUGCUACGUUACAAGCCAAUCCGGACGGUCUGGUGUCUGGUUCCGUUGCUCGUAGAUUUUUCGAAAAGUCACGGCUGCCCGUUGAAGAGCUGCGCCGUAUCUGGCAGUUGGCGGACGUGACGCGCGACAGUGCUCUGAGCCUGCACGAGUUUUACGUAGCGAUGCACCUGGCCGUGCUGCGACGGAACCAGGUGCCCCUACCUGACGUGCUACCACCCUCCUUGUCCAUGCUCGUGCAGCCACCCUCCCAACCACCCCAGCAGCCGCCUCCACCCCCCGUUGCGCUGCCCGUACCCGCGCCCCGCACAACUAGUCCCGCCACCAGAGCCGCUCAAGCUGCCGCCGCGGCUACCAGUUCGAGCGCUACCAACGCGAGCAAGGACAAGAGCAAGGAGUGGACAAAGUUCGUGGACUCGCCGACUGGCACGAGUGGGCACACGAGCAACAACAGCAACAACGGCAGUUCGAUCACGAGUCCGGGUCCCAAGCCCUGCAACUUUGACUUCCAGAAAUCGGCGGUCGAGCGCGACCCGAAGAUCCUACACCCGGUGCCGCUACGGCUUACGCCCGAGGCAGCGAUCCUUGCCUCGAACGCCAACGGUAACAACGGUGUUAGCUCUAUCCUGGCUGUGGGGGACGAUGAGCUCUCCCUCGCGGCUGGCCUUGGGGUCCAGAGGCCACUUGCCAAGAAGCCGGUGCUGCCACUGCCUGAGGAGACUGUGAUAGCUGCACCCAAGAAAGAGCCACCCCCGCCACCUCCACCCAGACCUUACCGGACCCACACAAGGAGCUCUAGUCUCGAUUUAAACAAACUAGGAAAAAAUGGCCAAAAUUUUCUAGGAGCCCCGCCUACCGUACCUCCAAGAGUCUCACCAGGAAUCACGACGUCGACCAAAACGAGAAAAUUAGUGGGCCAGAAGAGCGAAGGUGAAGGAUCGAGAUUAAACAGCGACGAGCAAGGCUUUGUCGCGGAUUUCUCGCAAUUCGCGUCAAGAGACGGAGAGAAUCAGACUGUAGAAAACAAUGUUCCUCCCACGCAACAGUUCACUGGUGUUUGUGGUGCAUUCCAUAUUUAUAAAAAACCGAGUCUAAAAAAAGAAAGUCAGGAUGAAUCAGCGAAAGACGAAACGGACGGGAACAUCAAGGCUUUGACACUUCAGGAGCUGCGUGAAAAAAAUGCGGAACUGCGACAGGUGUGUGAAGAGCUGACGCGCGAGCUUGCGGGCGCGUUGCAAGAGAGGAUAAAUCUCAGGGCAAAACUUUUACUCUUGACAUGAUCCCAUUCACUGUCGUGUCUUGUCGAUUAAAUAUCAGAAACGCGCGCGUUAAGAUUGAGAAACCGACUCUGUAAGUUAAAAAGUUUAUCUAAUUUUUACGUCAAAUAACUAUAUUAUUCUGCCAAUUAUAUGUUCUUUUACCAUUAAUCAAGUUUUUUUUUUUUUUUCUUAAAUCUUUAAUUUUUUAUUAAAGAGUUUUUAAACAGACGCAACAACUUCUUUAAUUCAUUGUAACGGAUUUGAUUUUGCUUUUAAAAUCAUAUUUAAUCAAGUAUUGAAUGGGGAAUCAUUCCGUCAGCAGACAGCGAUAGUAUGCUCAUUAAUGUACAAGAACGAACGUUAAAAUUGGAGAGCUUUAGGGAUUAUAUUCCUUAAAAUUACUAAUUUAAUCUUAACUAAAUAUUUAUAUAAUGGUCCCUCAUAAUAAAUUAGAUACUCAUUGAUUUUUUUACCCAAAUUUACGAUUAACAUUAUGAUGCUAGAAUUAGUUUAAUUAAAUAUGGGCGUGUCUACACGUAUUUUCCUAAUACUAGUGCACUUUUUAAUUCAAUUUUAAUGGUAACUUUGUAUUUAAAAUAAAACGACUUGCGUUUAAAAUAUCCAAGAUUUUUCAAUUUUAUUGCAUUUCGUAAUACUUCUGCUGACACAAUGAUCUCCCUUGAUAAUUAACAACGUUAAAUUUCUCGCGAUCUUUUUUGACUUAAUAAUCUUCAGUUAAGUUACGAUUACAGCAGUUUCGUAUUAAAUACUAUUUCCGAUCAUUAAUAAAACAAAGGUCGGGUACUAGUCGUCCUUGUAAAAUAUUUAUAUGCUCGUUAACAUCUUAAUAUAUCUCAACAAAAAGAAAAAGAUUGAAAAAAAAAGAUAUCGUAAUCUCCCUACUUGUGGGCCAUCGACACUUUCACGUUUAUAUUUAAUGUUUAUGAUAGUUGAUAAUUGGAGAAAAACAAAAAUAACAUUGAGGGUAUUAUAACAGCGAAGUUUAUCAUUGAUGAGGUUGCACAGAUGCGCAUAUUACAGAAAAGAUUUAAAAAGUACAUAUAACUUGUUGAGUCAGAGUUUUCAAACCACUGUUGUAGGAGAUUUACUUUGUGAAGUCGGAAAGGAUCUCUCAUGGUUGAAUCAACAAAAAUAGUAGAUUCAAAUAAAAAUAUUUUCAUAACAAGUAUGCUUUGUAAUAAAAUUUUAAGUGACAUGUGAGCAAAGUUUAAAGUUGAACUUGAUUGAAAAAUACGAGGUAGGUAUAUGAAUAUGCAUCAGGAAUUAAAUGUGUAAAACACGUUGAGUUUUUUAUUUUUGACUUUUUUAGCU